GUGUCCCAUUAGCAAUCUCAAACAGUAAGGGAGGUGCUCUUGUAAUUCAAGACUCAAUGGCCAAUCAGGGCGGAGAGAUGGACCCGCCAGUCAGGAGAGGAGGCGGGAUCUUCCGGGUGCCUUGUGGCGGCUUCAGCAGGAUAGCUGAGCUUGCGUGGAAAGUUCUGUCUUCUCUGAGCGCUGCUGCUGGGUUCUAGGAGAGAAGUUCUUGCAAGCUCCCAAUUCGAAACAUGGGUGCACUGACCUGUGAUGAUUUACACAUAAACUUCACUUGGGAAGAGUGGUCUUUGCUGGAUCCAUCUCAGAAGAGACUUUACAAAGAUGUGAUGCUGGAGACCUACAGGAACCUCACCGCUAUAGGAUACAAUUGGGAAGACCAUAAUAUUGAAGAACAUUGUCAAAGUGAUAGAAGACAUGGAAGGCAUGUAAGAAGUCAUUCUGGAGAGAAAUCAUAUGAAUAUACACAAUGUGAUAAAGCCUUCACAGGUCACAGUCAUCUUCAAAAGCGCAAAAGAAUUCAAACUGGAGAGAAAUCCUCUGAACCAUGUAGUAGUCUACAAAAACGUAAAAGAACAGAUACUGUUGACAGACUCUACAAAUGUAAUCAAUGUGAAAAAGCCUUUUCACGACACAGGUAUCUUCGAAUACAUGAAAGAACACAUACUGGAGAGAAACUCUAUGAAUGUAAUCAGUGUGGUAGAGGCUUUUUAUGUCACAGUCAUCUUCGAACACAUAAAGUAAUACAUACUGGAGUGAAACCCUAUGAAUGUAAUCAGUGUGAUAAAGCCUUUGCACAUAAGAGUACUUUGAUUAUGCAUAAAAGAACACAUACUGGAGAGAAACCUUAUGAAUGUAAUCAAUGUGGCAGAACCUUUGCACAUCAGAGUACUUUGGUGUUGCAUAAAAGAACACAUACUGGAGAGAAACCUUAUGAAUGUAAUCAAUGUGGCAAAACCUUUGCACAUCAGCUUACUUUGGUGGUGCAUAAAAGAACACAUGCUGGAGAGAAACCUUAUGAAUGUAAUCAAUGUGGUAAAGCCUUUGCACAAAGCAGUCAUCUCCGAACACAUAGAGUAGUACAUACUGGAGAGAAGCCCUACAAAUGUAAUCAGUGUGAUAAAGCCUUUACACAACAAAGUCAUCUCCGAAUACAUGAAAGAACACAUACUGGAGAGAAACCUUAUAAAUGCAAUCAGUGCAGUAAAUCAUUUGUAUGUCUCAGUCAUCUUCAGACUCAUGAAAGAACACAUACUGGAGAGAAACCUUACAAGUGUAAUCAAUGUGAUAAAACCUUUUCACAACACCCUAGUCUCCGAAUUCAUCAAAGAGUACAUACUGGAGAGAGACCCUACAAAUGCAAUCAAUGUGAUAAAGGUUUUUCACAAAGUGGUACUCUCCAAAUUCAUCUAAGAACACACACUGGAGAGAAACCCUAUGAAUGUACACAAUGUGGUAAAGUUUUUGCAUAUAGCAGUACUCUCCAAUACCAUAAAAGGAGUCAUACUGAAGAAAAUCCCUAGAAAUGUGAUUGGUAUGAUAAACCAUUUUCACAAUACAGUUAUCUUAAAAUAAAUCAAAGAACACAUAUGGAAGCGAAACCCUGUGAAUGUAAGCAAUGUGGUGAAGACUUCAUAUUAAGGUGAACGUCAAAUAUG